GAGGUGGGUCUGGGGAGGGGCGCAGGGCAGCGCACGUUUCCACUGCGCUCUCCUUUGUCUCCGUUUGGGAAGAGGUGGCGUCGAGACUAGCAGUGCUUGGCGGUCUCACGGACAAAUGUACUGAGCGCUGGAACCUGUAUGUACAAGACAGAAGACUUAGCUCCUGUAGAGCUUACAGUCUAGCAGCAGGUGUUUGCUGAAGACAGCUUGCCCAGAUCGCUACUACCUGGAUCCUGGUGUAAACCUUCGAGGAGGACACAGGCAGGAAAACAUGAGCCAGCAAGUGAAGAAAAGGGACAAGACAAGGGGCCAGAAAGAGCUGCAUGGGAGAACCGCCAGUGGGCUUAAGCCGAGGCAGGGCCGGGCCAGCCAAGACCUGCAGGCGCAAACGGAGCCUGUCGGCGCGGGGUGGGCCAUGUGUGAUGACGGGCUGAGCCCCGAGCCUGGCCUUCGGGCUCCUGGAGAGGACGAUUUCUCGGACUGUUACAUAGAAUGCAUCGUAAGGGGUGAGUUCUCUCAACCCAGCCUGGAAGAGGACACGUUUUUUAUGUCCUUGCAGUACCUAAAGAAAGAAUCCGAACAGGAGCUUACUCAAAAGGUUUUCGAAGCAAGCUCCCUUCUGGAAUGUUCUUUGGAAGAAUAUGUAAAUAAAGGGGUAAAGGAAGAGCUUCCUCAGAAGAUUGUUGGAGAGAAUUCACUUGAGUAUUCUGAGUACACGACCAGCAAGAAGCUUCCACCUGGAGGGAUACCUGGCAUGGACUUAUCAGAUCCUAAACAGCUCGCAGAAGUUGCGAGCAAGAAGCUCCCUGUAAAUAAGGAACGUGGCGGUCUGGACCCCAUUGCUUGUCCUCAGAGUGGAUGCACCAAAAAGUUGAGGGAUCUGGCUGCCCUGAGAAAGCAUGUCGUCAUUCACGGGCCCCGAAACCACGUCUGUGCAGAGUGUGGGAAAGCGUUCACUGAGAGCUCAAAACUUAAAAGGCAUUUCGUGGUUCACACGGGAGAGAGGCCGUUUCAGUGCACUUUCGCGGGGUGCGGAAAGCGCUUCUCCCUGGAUUUCAAUUUGCGUACGCAUGUGCGCAUCCACACGGGGGAGAAACGUUUUGCGUGUCCCUUUGAAGGCUGUAGGAAGAAGUUUACUCAGUCAAGUAACCUGAAAGCCCACAUCCUAACUCAUGCAGAAUGAAUGAAAAAGAUGGAAAGCAGUCCUUCAACGGGAUAACCUUAUUAACAGAAGAAUGAUCAGUGACAAAUAUGCCUCACUGAUCAUUGUUUUUUGGAAGGAAUUUUUUUUUUUAAUUUUUUAUUUUUUGAGACGUUGUCUGGCUCUGUCGCCAGGCUGGAGUGCAGUGGUGUAAUCUCAGCUCACUGUAACCUCUGACUCCCGGGUUCAGGCAAUUCUCCUGCCUCAUCCUCCCAAGUAGCUGGGACUAUAGGCACACGCCACCACACCCAGCUAAUUGUUGUAUUUCAGUAGAGGCGGGGUUUCACCCUGUUGGCCAGGAUGGUCUUUAUCUCUUGACCUUGUGAUCCGCCUGCCUCGGCUUUCCAAAGUGCUGGGAUUACAGGCGUGAGACACCUCGCCUGGCCUAGGAAGGAAUUUUAAAAUCAAUAUUGCAACACCACAAGCAGUUAUCUUUUUUUUUUAUUUUUUUAUUUUUUGAGACGGAGUCUCGCUGUCGUUACCCAGGCUGGAGUGCAAUGGCACGAUCUCGGCUCACCGCAACCUCCGCCUCCUGGGUUCAAGCAAUUCUCCUGCCUCAGCCUCCCGAGUAGCUAGGACUACAGGCACACACCACCAUGCCCAGCUAAUUUUUGUAUUUUUAGUAGAGACGGGGUUUCACCAUGUUGACCAGGAUGGUCUCAAUCUCUUGAUCUCGUCAUCCACCCGCCUCAGCCUCCCAAAGUGCUGGGAUUAUAGGCGUGAGCCACCGCGCCCCGGCCACCAAAAACAGUUAUAAUUUGGUGUCACUAAGAUGCUCCUACACUUUGUGAUACCAUUUUAAGAAUAUUGGGUAUUCUUAAAGUGUGCUUCCAACAGGAAGGUCAGUGAUAAAUUGACUCUAAAAGCAUAACCUUUAAUACAUUAUCUAUUGGCUUGUUGGAUAUAAGACUUAUUUCAUGUACUAUAAAUAUGAAAAUAACUCUGAUUCUUAAUUCUCUAGUUUCCAUUUGCUUAGCUUUAGCCUUUUAAAUACAUGCUUCAGCCAGUCACAGCGCACAUGCCUGUAAUCCUGACACUUUGGGUGGGGCAGAUCACAAGAUCAGGAGUUUGAGGCCAACCUGGCCAAUAUGUUGAAACCCCCACAGCUACUAAAAAUACAAAAAAUUAGCGGGUGGGGUGGCGUCACCUGUAGUCCCAGCUGCUUGGGAGGCUGAGGCAGGAGAACCGCUGGAACCCAGGAGUCAGAGGUUGCAGUGAGCCUGGAUUGCGCAAGUGCACUCCAGCCUGGGCAACAGAGCAAGACUCCUCCACUAAAUAGAAAAAAGCAAAACUCAACAGACUUGAUGUUGAGUAUAGGUGAGGUAUGAUAGUUGUCUAGAGCUGCCAUAGCAGUCCCCUUAAGCUAGGCGAAAUACAUUGUCUGGUUCUGGAGGCUAGAGUCCAAAACCCGGCUGUUGGCAGGGUCGGUUCCUUCCGAGGCCGGGAGGGAAGGGCUGCCCGGGCCUCGCUCUUCGGCUUUCGGUGACUGUCUCAUGUUCACGUGGCAUUCACCCUUUACCCCACAUCCCUUCCCUCUGUGCCUGUGCCCAAACGUCCUCUUGCAAGGACAACACUCACGGGAUUAGCACCCACGCUGAUGACCUCAUGUUAACUUGACCUCUGUAAGGACCCUACCUUCAAUAAACGUCACAUGCCAAGAGUUAUUCGCACUAAUGUGCCAAGGGAUUCUUCAAGGAUAUUAACCGAUUCGGGUUUUUAAUAGUAACGAACCCACAAUUUAAAUGUCCAUGAAGGGGAAACAAGCUGCAUGAUGCAUACUACUUCCGUCCAACAGAAAAUGUGCAAGUCUCCUUCAGGGAGCGGGCCGCAGCUGGGGGACAUUUCUUGUUACUAAUAGAUGAGACGGGACGUGGUGUGUUUGCUUGCUGUGGAAUGAAAUUCAGAGAAAGUGGUUGCAGGUGGAUAAGGGGAGAAACUGAAGGGAGCUGAUAAAAAUAAAGUCCAAGGUAGGAAUUAACUGGUUUUUAUCAUCAUUAAGUAAAUCCCUGAUUGGAAUCAUCGCAUAGUGACCAAAAAUAGGCAGCCAUCAAACUCGAAAUGGAUCUUUCCCCCAGAAUUAACGUGAUAAUCAGGUAUAAUUAAAAUAACCAUAUUUCUUUGAUUUUAAGAUUUAAGACACACUGGAGGCGAUACCAAGAGUACCAUUAAUUUAAUGACUCAGGAAAUAACAAUACUCCACUAAGUAAAUGUAUUAAACUUGAUUUUUAAAAUGCCAAAAUCUAAAACAAAUGCUGGCUUUAAAACAACAUUUUGACAACAGUAUGAGCUGAUUGUUACUGUGGACUAUGGAAAUUAUUUUUUAUUUAUUUAUUUAUUUUUUUGAGACAGAGUCUCGCUCUGUUGCCCAGGCUGGAGUGCAGUGGCGUGAUCGUGGCUCACUGCAACCUCUGCCUCCUGGGUUCAAGCAAUUCUCCUGCCUCCGCCUCCUGAGUAGCUGGAAUGUAAGGCACCUGCCACCAUGCCCAGCUAAUCUGUUGCAUUUUUAGUAGAGAUGGGGUUUUUCCACGUUAGUCAGGAUGGUCUUGAACUCCUGACUUCACGAUCUGCCCCCCCUUGGCUUCCCAAAAGGCUGGGAUUAAGGCAGGAGCCACCGUACCCAGCUGAAAUUAUUUCUUCAUUUGGUAUAGAAUGUCUAGUAUCAUAGAAAUGUGGGUACUGAGUCACUAACAGGAACACUGGGUACAUAAUCCAUGUGUAAUUCAGGAAUUUCCUCCAAAUCAAACACCUAAGCAUAGAACUUAGGAUGGAAAUUUGGUAUUUGAUCAGGAUGAUAGAGCGAAUUCUCGGUCUUGGUAGCAUUGUGUUUGAUUUGCUCUUCUAUGGAUUUCUACUUGAUGGAUUAGGACAGAGACCUCUGAAGAAGGGUAGACAGAAGCCCUCAAGACCAGAGGAAGUCAGUGGUGAUUACUCUGGAAAGCAGGAAUAGAUAUAUGCCUGUGUUAUAUGUAUACGCACACACAAACACGUUUUUCUUUUAAUGAGAAUAUGUUGAUUUGUUAAAGUUGUUCACCUUUAUUUCAGAGUAAUCAUUUUAUACCAAAAUGAGUAACACUUCUUAUUGGCCAUUUUGAGCUGUAUUUGAACUUAAUUUUGAUAAUUUUAUUAAAAGUAAUGUUUAAGGCAUAUUAAGCUCCAUUUUUACACAUUUAUUCAUUCCCUAGUUUACUAAGUGCUUACUGCUGCCUCUGUUAGUGACCCCAGGAAAGUGAGAUGUUCAGUUUGUUCAACAGUUCUCCUUUACACCACUUACUGUCUAUCAGAAAAAGAAACCAAGGAAACAAUCCCAUUUAGAAUAGAACCCAUUGGAACAGGGGAGGUGAAGGAUACAUAUGUCAAAAAGUGUCAACAUUGCUGAGGAAACGGAAGACGCAAGCCCGAGAGCUGAGGUGCCGAACACCAAGGGGGCUGGAGACUUUUCUUCCUGAAUUGAAUGUUUUUGUUUUUUUUUUUCUUUUGAGACGGAGUUUUGCUUGUUACCCAGGCUGGAGUGCAAUGGCGCGAUCUCGGCUCCCAGCAACCUCCACCUCCUGGGUUCAGGCAAUUCUCCUGCCUCAGCCUCCCGAGUAGCUGGGAUUACAGAUGCGCCACUGUGCCCAGCUAAUUUUUUGUAUUUUUAGUAGAGACGGGGUUUCACCAUGUUGACCAGGAUGGUCUCGAUCUCUUGACCUCGUGAUCCACCCGCCUCGGCCUCCCAAAGUGCUGGGAUUACAGGCGUGAGCCACCAUGCCCGGCCCUGAACUGAACGUUUCUAAAAGGCAGACCAGCCACUACGCAGCGGGAGCUGGUCUCCCCACCCCUGUUCCUGUUCGGCUCUUUUGUAGAGCUGAAGGGUCCAAAACUCAGUGUUAACGAGUCUAAAGCUUAAAUGUGCAAGGAACAGCAACCAGAAAAUGCUUCUGUCUGGACCCCCAGCCUUGCUUAGGAUAUCCCGACUGAGGAACAGGAUGCUGCUCGGCUAGCUCCCCGGCUCUUCCUUAUUUUUAGACGAGAAUUCAGUGUUUAUUUGUGCGAAGAAGCAAGAUGCUACGGCAGUUGAGCCACUGCUCCGUUUGGUGGUCAGCCUCUCCCUUCAGCAAGAUAAGCUGGAUGGCCUUUGCCCCGCACAGGGAAAUCCAAGGUGUAUUGCCAUUGCCAGUGACAAAAAUGCUGGAAAGGCUCGUGGCGAAGCUGUUGCCACCGUCGCCCUUCAGAUGCACCACCCUGGAGGAACCAGCCUGUCUUUCCCUGUUGCUGAUCACACAGGCAGUCACCACACACCCAGUGCCCGUGUUGAAUUUCAUAGUUGAUUCUCUUGCCCGUCCCUGAACCUGCACAGUACCAUUCGCCCUGGCGGGGAUCUGCAUGCAGACGGUUCCCUCAUCGUGGGUCGCGGGUGUGGAAUUCCCUUCAUCCCCACAGUAAUCUUCCUCCGUGGCGGCGGUGACUGGCUAAACGGCUGUUGGUGUCAUGGGCCAGGCGGAAAUGCUCACCCGUCUGCUCCAUGCGGAUGACAUCCAGGAAUCCAGAAGGGUGUGUGCCGUCCACUCGAACCUGGCCAUCGGUUCUGAUGAAGUGUUGCACACAUACAUAUCUUUACCUCAUCUCCAGUCAGCGUGUGCUUGAGUCUGUUCCCUCAGCUGGUGGAGACCUGGACGAGGGGCAGAUACCUGCAGUUUGUCGGGCAUCCAGUGCUUCGGCGCUGCAGCAGGUUUCAGGUGCUUCUUGGGGCCCCUGGCCAUGGCGAAACCUGGCGACGAAGAGGUUCUAGCUGUUUUUGUUGUUAAUUUUCUUCUGAAGAGGAACACUAAAACUAAGAAUGGAAGACGAAGAGAGCAUGUGGAUGCAGUGGAAGAAAGAAAAGGGAAAAGUUUAGCUAAUGAGGAUACGUCACUUGAAAUCCUCUGUUCAUGGUUCAGGAAGAAAAUAGGCUCUCCACGUUUGUCUUUUAAAUCAGAGCCAACACAAGAUGCCUGGACACCCACAGAAAACUGAAAAAAAGUCUCGGUUCAUCCAGCUUUUCACGUUUCCAGACACUGGCGUUUGACAAACCCCAAAUCCUGACAAAUGAAUAAAUAUUUUCCUGUUUUCAA